UCCAUCCUACGUGACGCUACGGUGCCAGGCGGCGUUAUGAGCAGGGCUCUGACUCUAAAGACAGAGAAAUUCAUGGUAGGGGCUUUCCCCCCCCAACUUUUACAAUGGAUUAUUAUGAAUUCAUUGUAUUUAUACAAUGACAUUUUUUUUUUAAUCCUCCUCCCCUCCCCCCCAAAAAGAUCAGGAUUAUGAAAUCUCUCUGAUUGUCAUGAAACCGUCAGAAGAGUUGAGAGCAUAAAAGGAACUGUGACGGUAAAGAAGGAAGAAGACACACUGAUGGAGGAGGAACCGCUGCAAAUUUAGUCCGAAAACGUUUGGAUUAAAAUGAGAAAAACGGAGUUAUAAUAGUUUAAUAUCUUUGAGGACUUUUUUGUUUUGUUUUGUUUUUAUUUUUUGGGUGCACCAUGCGCAAUAGAUGGACCCGCCGGAGCCUGGUUGUCCUGGUUUUUACAUUCUUCAUCGUUGUCUUUGUGGAUUUCCAAUUACGCACCAGCAGCUUUACCAAAUCAAACGUGGCUCACCGCCCGUCGGCCGGCGCGCGCCACGGCUCCAUCGGGCAGGUUCCCUCCGCACACAGCUCGGUUCAUAACAGCAGCAGCAGCAUCAACGGCGGCGGAAGAGAAUCCAAACUCAGUGAAAAUAACGGAGGAGAGUCGGUGGCUGAGCGCGUCCACGCCACGCAGCCCAAACUCAGACUGGAUGACAUUUACGUGGCUGUAAAAACCACCGCGAGGUUCCACAAGACGCGUCUCGCGCUCCUUUUGGACACUUGGAUCUCAAGGACCAAGGCGCACACAUUCAUUUUCACAGACAAAGAGGAUGAAGAAUUAAGUUCAAAGGGUUAUAACAUGGUGGUAACGGGGUGCCAAUCAGAUCACAGCCAGCAGGCUCUGUCCUGCAAGAUGUCCGUCGAGUACGAUGGCUUCAUGGCCUCAAACAAGAGGUGGUUUUGCCACGUUGACGACGAUAACUAUGUGAACCCCGAGGGUCUCCUCUCUCUGCUCUCAACGUUCCCCCAGGAGGGCGAUAUCUACGUGGGCAAGCCGAGUCUGGACAAACCCAUCACUGCUCACGAACUGCUGGACGGAAAUAAAACGGUGAACGUGCGGUUCUGGUUCGCCACGGGAGGUGCCGGGUUCUGUCUGAGUCGAAGGCUGGCAGAAAAGAUGUCUCCUUGGGCCAGCGGCCCGCACUUUGAGCGGACAUCGGCCAGAAUCCGUCUCCCGGACGACUGCACCGUGGGCUUUAUCGUCGAGAAGAUGCUGGGCGUCGCCAUGGUCCACUGUCCUUUGUUCCACUCGCAUUUAGAAAACCUGCUUCUAAUAAGUCAAAGAAGCCUCCCGCAGCAGGUAACCCUGAGCUAUGGGAUGUUUGAGAAUAAGAUGAACAGCAUCGAGGUAAAGGGAAGCUUUUCUAAGGAGGAGGACCCCUCCAGGUUUAAAACUGUCCACUGCAUCCUGUAUCCUUCCACCAGCUGGUGUCCUCCGGUCACUUGAGAGAAAGCUCUUUUCCUGCUGGGUAAAAAGAAAGAAUCGUUCCCUGGAUAUUUUUUCUUCUGCGCAGAGGGGGGAAAAAAAACAUGAUUUAUUUUCAUGGAAUACAGAAGGAACUGGGGUCGAACCAAAUAUUCAACAUGAUGAAACUGUGUCCUCCCACAACUCAUGAAUGGGUUGCAUGUUCGGUGUAAAGCACUGUAAAGACAUCUCCUCUAUUCUUUCGCUGCUGUUUUUAAACCUGCUACAAAAAAUAAUGUUUUGUCUCUUUUUACUUUAACUUAAGCACUUACUAAAGGGAAGAAAUAUGUGAUUUUUUUGUUUUCAAGAUUUUCAUGACUUCUUGGCAGAGAUUUCUGGAUAAUAAUGUUUCAGUUGAACAGAAAUGACUUUUUUGUAAUGUGAAUUAUGCUUCUAAUUGUCAACAAUGUUCAUUAAUCAAUGCGGGUAGCAAUAAAGUAAUGCGAGCCGUUACGGGUCGAGCCGACGCGCCGUCGUGGUGUGUUUACUGUUCUGAAGGAGAUAUCGUCCUUGCACCUACAGCAUGAAGCCUGCACACAAUGAACCGCCUUGACUCACAUCUCCCUCGGCCAAACCUCUCAUCCUCUCCUUUAUUUUCUCACUUCCUCCCUCCCUCCAUCCCUCCACCCCUCCAUCUGUCUCGCUGCCCACCGCUCCCACCUCCUUUCCUUUCCGUUUGCUACGCAUCAGCCGUAUUCCUGAACACCUCGAGGCGGAGAGCGCCCGAGAGCAAAACGCUCUUCCACUCUUCCCUGAUUGUCAUGUUUAUUUUUGAAAUUCAUCCCCCCACCCUCACCUAGCCCCCGCUCCUUCACAUUGACAGCAAAACACUCAAAGUGCGACGAUGAGAGCAACCGACGUUCCCGGUCUCCUGUUGAGAGAAGAAAGCGGCCUGCGUUCGCAGGGAAAGGAAAUCUCAUCAAGUCGGACAGGUCGGGUUCAGAAUACCAACGGCGCGAUGAUAUGCACGCAAUCAGGCGUCAGGGUAGGAAUGAACGGCGGGGGCCGUGCGAAGAGCACCUGAGGAGAGUGAUGACACCCCGCUCGCCGGCCCGUAGUUUGCUUGUUUGGUGUGAAUGGAGAUGUGAUGAAUACAAAUAACGUUGUGGGAAGCGUCCGGGUCUGACCUUGCCUGCAGAAGACGGAAGUUAGUUUGGAGAGAGCGUGUGACUUUAAGAGAUAAUGAUGGAAGCAUGAAGACCCACUUGAGAGGAGUAAAUAGGAAGUUGAGUUGAUGGGAAAUGUAAAGUCGAUUGAUGGGAAAAGUGAUGGGUUUUUUUUCCUCCUACAUUUGUUUAAUUCAGUGUGUUUCACAUUUUAUCAGUGGGAAAUAAGAUGUUGAAGUAUGGAAAUGUUUAACUGCCAGAGCUUGGACAAAAAUUCGGACAACUUUCAAGUCAUAGCAAGAUUUUUAAGAAGUUAUUACGAGACAUAUCUCAGUAAAAUUUAAAAAUCUUUUCCUGUAAAUAAGACCGAUUGUAACAAAACACUAAGACAGUAACAUCUGAUUUUUUUAUAUGUCAUCUAGAAGAAAUGGGGUAAAAAGAAGAGACAUAAGUCGGCACCUGUCAGAGGAGAGUGUCGUUACAUCUCGUUAAAAUUAGAAAGUUUUCUUAUUUCAACGAGUUUUGUAUCUUGUUAUAAUGAGAAAGUUUGUCGUGUUAACUAGUUUUGUAUCGACAGCGAUAAAGUUUUCACGUUUCAUCAGGUUUUGCAGCUAUAAUGAGAAUUUUUUUGCGUUUCAACAGGUUUAGUAUCUCUUUAAAACGAGAGUUUUCUUGUUUUAUUGAAAAACUUUCUUGUUAUAGUGAGAUACUGCUCUUGAAUACAUUUCCCAGCUCUGGCAGUGAAACGAUUCCACACUAAAGAGUUCAUAGUGAAGCUCUUUAAAGGUAAAAAAAAAAAAAAGUCAUGUUGGUGAUUGUCAUAAUGGAAAGGGAAAUGUCAUAUGAGCUCUCAGGAUAAUCUGGAUGUGUUGUACAUCUUUAUUUGGGGGGAGAAUUCAGAUUUCACCCAUCAGAUUUGGUCUGAUGGGUUUGACUGAGACAUAUGUUUGAAAGCAAAGUUAUUUGAGAAACAAAUCUUUGUUUUUGUGUGUGUGUAUGUGUGUGUAUAUUUUAUUGUUAAGGCUAAGGAUGGCAAACAGUGAUGCGUAUAUAAUUCAUGCCUACGUCGAAGCAUGUCGCCUCGAGAAUCACAAAGUUCACUGAAACCUCCGGCCUGCCUUGGCCGUAUGCAUUUAAACUACGUAGAAUUUAUCCUUACGUGACACCAGAAACUUGAUUUUGGGUUUAUCAGAGAAUAACAGUGGAAAGCAAAAAAGAACAAAGACACUUUGUAUUUCACAAUAAACAUGUAUGAUUAAGAGGAUUUCUCAAAUAAAUCAGAUGGACCCCUGAAACGUAAACGGCUUUCAGUUUACACACGGACCUUCUCAAUGAGUUCUUCACUCUUUAAUCUACUCUUGGAAUGGAUUUAUAUUAACAUCUUCUUUAAAAUGUGUGCAGACAAGCUUUGGCACUGCUACAGUUCCAUAUGUUCGUGUCAUAUACGCAACAAACUGUUUAAACGCACAGAUUGAUGGGGUUUUUCCCCCUUCUUUCAUUUACUAGGAAUUACAGUGGCAGAAAAUUCAGGUAUUUAAAAUGAUGUCUAAUUAUAUAACACUUAUCCCUUUGCAUAAAUAAGAGAUUUUUAAAUUGAGUUUUUUUUUGUGGUCUGCUAAUCCGUGAGGUCUCAAAGAAGCCUUCCCAUGUGUUGUGUCUGCACGGCUUUCCUUUUUGCCCUUCUUUUGGUGGUGCCCAAAGGGGUGAGAGGUUUGUGUCCCCCUGCCCACUGCUUGCCUUUGACCCGAGUAUAGUAGAUUUAAGGCCCCUGCUGUCCAUAAUCAGGACUAACUGUGGGAGCAGGGGACCGGGUCAAUUGGAAGCAGAGUGUUACAGCUGUCAGAGGAGCGGUGCCUCUCGUCUCCUCUGUCCGUCACAUUAAAUCGAUGGGGGCUUUUCAAAGGGCAAGAGAGGAAGAAAUGAUGCCCAGGAAGAAUAAAAUGAUGGAGGAGCCAACGGGGGGACACUGACAGCUAGGCAGAUUUCUUUUUUAAUGUUUUUCCCUAAUAAAGACACAACACACAUAAAAUCCUCAAAGAUUUGGCAAACCUUGAACAGCACGUAGGCAUAACAGGCGAUUCUCUACAGCUGCUUUUGUCCAGUUUAUCCAGCAGGAGGUUCUCAGUCCACAUCAGUGAAUCUCCACAGGGCUUCCUUUUAAGCCAUUUGAGUUUUUUUUUUUAAAAGGUAUGCUGCAUUUUUGUUUCUUUUUUUAAUAUAUAUUUUCCCUUCCAAGGGUUUAAAAGUACUGAAAGGAUUGUAUAUAUUCUACAAGAAUGAAGAGAAUUCCUGUCAGUCAUGUCAGUCUUUCCUUACAGGCUUGGCUGGGGAGUUCUCACAACUUGUGUUAUCUGGGAGGAACUUUUGUCUUGUGCAGUCUCAUCAACUUGAAGCGGGUAUGGUCAAUGUGGAAAAGCACAUUUCCACAUUGUGCUUUUUCCACAUUGUGCUGGGGAAACUGGGAAUGGUUCCCCACUGGUGCAGACUGUCCAGACGUUGUCCUCAUCUUGCCACUUCCAACAAAAGAACACAUUCAAAAGCACUCUUGAUCUACAAAAUCAGAACAUGCAACGCUCACGAUGACCUUAUUGUGUCGUAUUCCCAACGAUUCUUAUUUUGUUUUUUUGUUUGUUUCUUAACAUUCUUAAUGUUUAAGCCCCACCACAUCUGCUCUUAGGUCACACAUUCAUUUUUCUUUAGAUGUUCCAAAAACUAAACUACAAAAUUGUGAUAUUGCUUUUGUUGUUAUGGCUUUUAUUGACAAAAAAAAUCCCCCAAAACUUUAAAAAUUUGACCGGGUCAUUUUUAUGACUGACUUUUAUUCCUUGGCAUUUGUUUGUUGUCUACAUGUAUUUUGAUUCUACUACAUCUACUACUGCAUUUUACUGUUUUCUUAAAUUAUUAUACUACUUUGUUAGUCUUUACUCAUUCUUACUGCCUCUUUGUUUUGUGGUUUUACUCUAUUGCGAAUAUUUCUUUAUUGCUCUUGAAUAAUUUUAGGCAUUGCUGCGCAGCUCUUUUCUGAAAGUUAUAUAUAUGUAAAAUCAACCAUAACAUUCGUACCAUGGUAUAACCAGCGCUGCCUUUGGUAUCAACAUGUCCUACACGUGUAAUCAUCCUGUAAAAGUCAUCAACUUACCCGACAGCUGGAGUUUUCUCACUCCACGACAUCAUCUUGUCUGGUUUUCAGCGGCUGAAGUUUCUCUCUCUCUCCAUGGUCCUGCGGGUCAAACAGUCCCCAGUAAGUGGACAAUCUGUACUCCUCUGCAGUUACAUCGCCACGUAAGCAAGUUUGCUGUGGUUCGAUUCUCAGUGUAGGAGUUCCUGGUCAACCAGGCAACCCAUUACCUCCUGCUUCUGGAGUAUUCCCAGUUUGCCUAUCUGGCCUCUGGCCUUCCUGUCUAUCCUGCAGGUCCUGUUCUUCAUCUUGCACAUUUUCUUGGUCAUUAAAUCUCUCAUACCUCUUCCUGGAUUGUGGUCUGAGUUCUGGGUCCAAUGCAUAUAUUGCCUGUUUUUGCAUUUAAAAAAAAAAAAAGACUUGAUUUUUGUAUGUUAAUAAUGCAUUUGCCAGGGGAAAGAGUUUGUGGAUAAACCUGUGGUUGGUAAGUAAUUUUAAAGUACAUUUGACUUUCUGUUGUGUUUUCAGUUGUCGGGGUUUAAAUCUGGCAUGUGUGUAUUUCUGAAAAGUAGACUCCUAAAAAUUUGGUCAAACAAUCAUUUGGCAAGAAAAAUGGUGCUAAUUUUGACAUGAUUUGUCAAUUCAGCUACUGAAUAAAAAUAUGAAAUUGAGGAUGUCUUAUUCCAAACAGCAGUGGCAGAACAUUCAAGAUUACUACUGAACAAGACAGAACUCGCCCUUCCAACACAUGGCAAUAACUUUGUCCACAUUUGCUUCUUUUAGAUUAAGUUUGACAUUUUCUUCUCUUCCAGUGUCACCAUUAGUGCCAAACGUUUUCUCUAAUUCUUGAAUGGUCCCACAUUUAACCAGGCACUAAAAAUGCAACACAUUAAACCCAAAUCGUUUUUGAAAAGUAAAAAAAAAAGAAUUCAAAGAAUGGACUUUAAAAAGACAACAACUCUAGGCUCUGUAGGUUAUUAAAUUUUUAGAACCUGUUAGUUUUUUGAACAUUGUCUUUGGCGCUGUCUAAGAACUCUGUCAAAUAUGUUUAGACACUCUAAAACCUCUGUGCCAGUUUUGUUUUAUUUGAGAUAUAAGAUCUAUUAAAGUGCUUCUGCUUCUC